AUGCCGAAGGAUACAACUGAUGACGUGGCACUGUCUAGAAGGGUGAGUAUCAAUGCCGCCUGUCUGAGCUCCCUGUCGAAAUGAACUGACACGCGUCGACGCGCGUCCCCGACGUGGGAUCGUUGCAGAGCCUCAAAGCUGGGGUGUGGUACACUGUUGCCAAGGUGAGUAUUCAUAGAGAUUAUAUUCAUUCACAUUCAAUAGCCUCAUCACGGUCCUCCCACCUCUCUCUGAACCAGCUCGCAGAAGAAGCAGGUCCGUGAACCUUCACUCAGCUCAGCCCUCGCCAAUCCUAUUCAACGAACCCUGAUCCUCUCGGUUCUCGUAUGGUUGCUUUCCAGAAAUGGACGGUAUCAAAUGUGCCGUCUCCGAACAUUUCGUCGCCGCCUUGACCGAAUUCGUCUUCCAAAAAACUCGUCAGUGGCCAAACCUACUCAUGUUUUCAGCGGAGAGACAAGUUUUGACCGCUUUUGGAAGGUGGUUUCGAAUACGGCCUCUCUAGUAUCGUUGGCCAAGGAUUUGGAAAGGUUCGCAAAGUGAGUCUCAAUCUUGAAUCGGAGACUCCGACGGACCGUGAAUUGAAGUGACUGACUUUGUCCGGUUGUCGUGAAGUCAUGCGGGGCGAACGGCGAUCAUGAUCGAUGAUGUCAAAGUAAGCUGGACCGUCCUGAUUUAUCAAACCACCCCAUCCCACACUACGGAAGGACUGACCCCCUGUCUUCAAUCCCACCUCGCAGCUCGCAGUCCGACACAACGAAGCGCUCGUAAGCUCAAUUCGUCCCCUACGGCAAAAGAAUAUCUUGCCCAUCAGACUUGACCCUUCAUCCUCCUUGUUCGAGUAGUACGAAGCCAUAUGCACCGAAGCACUCCAACGGGGACUGGGUUUGAAGGAUCUCAAAACGAUCGCUCGACCUGUAGCUGCUAGAGGGUCAGUUACCAAACGCACCGCUUCGACCAAACUGGCUUCGACGAGUAAGGCGAAAUCGAACGCUGUGGCUCAGACGAAAGGGAGGGUCCCGGCGAAAGCGAAGGUGACGGCGAGUAAGGUUGGGGGCACGAGGAAGGGGAAAGAGAAGGAGAGGUUGAGGGACUCGGAUGAUGAUGAGGGAGAGAGUUUAGGGGAGGAGGAUAGUGAUGAUCCGAGAUUGGAGUCGAGGAGGGGGAGCAGUGAGGAUGAGGAGGGAGACGAGGAUGACGACGAUAGUUUGUUGGAUAGCGAUGAUAGUGAGCCGGUUAAGAAGAAGAAGAAGGUGGUCAAGAAGGGCAGUGAUGGCGGGAGUACGAAAGGCAAGGGCAAAGCGAAGGCGGUAAUGGUCAAGAAGAGGUAG